AUUAUAUUGGCAUCCCUGCGAGAGUUCGAUCGAGAAUCAUCUUCAUCUCGAUAUCCUCUCGUUUAACCUCUUUCGGAGACUUCGUGACCGGUGAAAAAAAUCGGAAUAAUCGCAGAAGGAUUUUUGCGAGAGUCGCGAGUUGAUUUUUCGUCGAUCGCUCGGAGCAUCGUUCACUGACCAGCACACAAUCCUUGGCGCAUUGCAUCUCUGGCCAACAUGGCGGCGACGUUAGGUCGGAUUUGUAAAUCGGGUCUUUUAAAACCGAAUUACGGCACCUUAAUCGGCCAGACGAACAAUUUCUCUACUGUGAAAGAUUGGUCAAGGGGUCGAAAAGUGUUAUUAACAUGCUUAGGAGUGACAGCUGGAGGCAUCAGUGCCUUUAUUUAUGCUUUAGAUAGCUCAGUAAGAGCUGGCGAUUUAGUAGCUCAUGCACCGACAUACAAAUGGGAUUUUUAUGGAUGGUUUAAUUCAUUAGAUCAUGCUAGUAUGCGACGAGGAUGGGAGGUCUAUAAGAAUGUAUGUGCUGCUUGUCACAGUUUGCAAUAUGUGGCAUACCGUCACCUUGUUAAUGUUACUCACACUGAAGCAGAAGCCAAAGCUCUCGCGGAAGAAGUCAUGGUGGAAGAUGGCCCUAAUGAUGUAGGAGAAUAUUAUAAACGUCCAGGAAAAUUAUUCGAUUAUAUACCAUCUCCAUAUCCAAAUGAAGAAGCUGCUAGAGCAGCAAACAAUGGUGCUUAUCCACCUGAUCUAUCUUAUAUAGUUAAUGCCAGGCAUAAUGGAGAAAAUUACAUUUUCUCCUUAUUGACUGGAUACUGUGAUCCACCAGCUGGUAUAAAUUUGAGAGAGGGACAAUAUUUCAACCCAUAUUUCUUAGGUGGUGCCAUUGGUAUGGCACAGGCUCUUUAUGACGAAGUCUUGGAAUAUGAAGAUGGUACUCCUCCAACUGCCUCUCAAAUAGCAAAAGAUAUUACUACAUUUCUAAUGUGGACUGCCAAUCAUGAAUUCGAUGAUCGAAAACGAAUGGCUAUCAAGGCUAUUGGAAUAAUGUCAAUUCUCGUUGCUGCGUCAAUAUAUUUCAAACGACACAAGUGGACGACUAUAAAGAGCACAAAAAUAAUGUUUAUUCCUAAAAAAUAAUACCAUUAGCUAUCGUGCUGGAAAUUAACUCGGCGAUGUUAGCUAUUGUGCUGGGAUGUAGUUUCACAAUUUAAGCAAUGUAUCCAGCAAGUUAUGGCUCCUUUCUGAAGAUUCAAACUUACUCAUAUAGCAUUUGACAUAAAUUGAAUUGUCAAUUUGUCAUCACCAAAACUAUUAAAUUAUACAUUGUACAUAGCUAUAUAUCAAAUGGAGUCCAUCGUCUGAUUUAAAUAAAUUGUUAAACAUAAA